UUUCCGAGCGGCGGGGAGGAUGGGCCGGGGCGCCCGGGUCCCAGGCGGCGUGGCGCCGGCGUCGUAGAGCGGAGCCCGGAGCUUUCGGAGUGCGAGGCCAGAUGUCAUAGGAUGAAGGCUGUGGGUGAGCUGCUGAUUUCUAUAUUUUCCACCUAUCUCCUGGUUAUGUUUGGAUUUAACGCUGCCCAAGACUUCUGGUGUUCAACUUUGGUGAAAGGAGUCAUUUAUGGAUCCUAUUCUGUAAGCGAGAUGUUCCCCAAGAACUUUACCAACUGCACUUGGACGCUGGAAAAUCCAGACCCAACCAAAUACAGUAUUUACCUGAAAUUUUCCAAGAAGGACCUGAGCUGCUCCAACUUCUCUCUGCUGGCUUACCAGUUCGAUCAUUUCUCCCAUGAAAAGAUAAAGGAUCUGUUAAGAAAGAACCAUUCUAUCAUGCAGCUCUGUGAUUCCAAGAAUGCUUUUGUGUUUGUACAGUAUGAUAAAAAUUUUAUUCAGAUUCGCCGGGUCUUCCCAGCCGAGUUCCCGGGCUCGCAGAGAAAAGGAGACGAGGAUCAGAAAUCUUUCUUUGAGUUUCUGGUGUUGAACAAGGUGAGCCCCAGCCAGUUCGGGUGCCAGGUCUUGUGCACCUGGCUGGAAAGCUGCCUGAAGUCCGAAAAUGGCCGAGCUGAGUCCUGUGGGGCCAUGUAUACCAAGUGCUCCUGCCCCCAGCACCUGGGGGAGCUGGGCGGGGAUGACCAGGCCUCGGUGGUGCUGCUGAGCAACGUGGUGCUGCCCCUGAAUGAGCAGACAGAGGGCUGCCUGACCCAGGAGCUGCAGACCACCCAGAUGUGCAACCUGACCCGCGAGGCCCGGAGGCCCCCCAAGGAAGAAUUUGGAAUGAUGGGAGAUCAUACAAUAAAAAGUCAGCGACCUCGAUCUGUUCAUGAAAAAAGGGUCCCUCAGGAGCCAGCUGAUGCUGCUAAAUUUAUGGCACAAACUGGUGAAUCUGGCGUGGAGGACUGGUCUCCGUGGAGCCCGUGCUCUGUGACUUGCGGUCAAGGGUCGCAGGUGCGAACCAGAACUUGUGUCUCACCUUUCGGGACUCACUGCAGCGGUCCGUUAAGAGAGUCACGGGUUUGCAAUAACACUGCCCUCUGUCCAGUGCACGGCGUCUGGGAGGAGUGGUCACCCUGGAGCCUCUGCUCCUUCACCUGCGGCCGUGGCCAGCGCACACGCACGCGGGCCUGCUCGCCGCCACAGUACGGGGGCCGCCCGUGCGAGGGCCCAGAGACGCACCACAAGCCGUGCAACAUCGCGCUCUGCCCGGUCGAUGGACAGUGGCAGGAGUGGAGUUCAUGGAGCCAGUGCUCUGUCACGUGCUCGAACGGGACGCAGCAGAGAAGCCGGCAGUGCACAGCCGCGGCUCACGGGGGCUCCGAGUGCCGAGGGCCCUGGGCCGAGAGCAGAGAGUGCUCCAACCCAGAGUGCACAGCCAAUGGCCAGUGGAACCAGUGGGGUCACUGGAGCGGGUGCUCCAGGUCCUGCGACGGCGGCUGGGAGCGAAGGGUCCGGACCUGCCAGGGGGCCGCGGUCACGGGGCAGCAGUGCGACGGCGCGGGGGAAGAAGUGCGGCGCUGCAGUGAGCAGAGGUGCCCGGCACCUUACGAAAUCUGCCCAGAGGACUAUCUGAUCUCCAUGGUGUGGAGGCGGACCCCAGCAGGAGACCUGGCAUUCAAUCAGUGUCCGCUGAACGCAACAGGCACCACCAGCCGCCGCUGCUCCCUCAGUCUCCAGGGAGUGGCCUUCUGGGAGCAGCCGAGCUUCGCACGCUGUAUCUCCAACGACUACCGGCUCCUGCAGCAUUCGAUCAAAGAGCACCUGGCCAAGGGGCAGCGCAUGCUGGCAGGCGACGGCAUGUCCCAGGUCACCAAGACACUGCUGGACCUGACCCAGAGAAAGAACUUCUAUGCGGGCGACCUCCUGAUGUCUGUGGAGAUCCUGAGGAACGUCACAGACACGUUCAAGAGAGCCAGCUACGUCCCCGGCUCUGACGGCGUGCAGAACUUCUUUCAAAUAGUUAGCAACCUUCUAGAUGAAGAAAACAAGGAAAAAUGGGAAGAUGCACAGCAGAUUUAUCCAGGCUCAAUCGAGUUGAUGCAGGUGAUUGAAGAUUUUAUACACGUUGUUGGAGUGGGGAUGAUGGAUUUCCAGAAUUCAUACUUAAUGACUGGAAAUGUAGUGGCCAGUAUCCAGAAGCUCCCAGCAGCCUCCGUUCUGACAGACAUCAACUUCCCCAUGAAGGGACGGAAGGGAAUGGUGGACUGGGCCAGGAACUCCGAAGACAGGGUCCUGAUACCCAAAAGUAUUUUCAGCCCAGUGUCUUCAAAAGAAUUAGAUGAAUCAUCUGUGUUUGUUCUUGGAGCUGUCCUAUACAAAAACUUAGAUCUAAUUUUACCUACUUUGAGAAAUUACACCGUCGUGAAUUCCAAAAUCAUCGUGGUGACGAUCAGGCCCGAGCCCAAAGCCACGGAUUCAUUUCUGGAGAUAGAACUGGCUCACCUGGCCAAUGGUACUCUGAACCCCUACUGCGUGCUGUGGGAUGACUCCAAAACGAACCAGUCGUCGGGAGCGUGGUCCACGCGGGGAUGCCGGACGGUGCUCACCGAUGCGUCCCACACGAAAUGCCUGUGUGAUCGCCUCUCCACCUUCGCCAUCUUGGCUCAGCAACCCAGAGAAAUAAUCAUGGAAUCCUCUGGCACACCCUCGGUGACUCUGAUCGUGGGCAGCGGCCUCUCCUGCCUGGCCCUGAUCACCUUGGCGGUGGUCUACGCAGCAUUGUGGAGGUAUAUACGCUCUGAGAGGUCCAUAAUUCUGAUUAACUUCUGCCUGUCUAUCAUCUCUUCCAACAUCCUCAUACUGGUUGGACAGACUCAGACACAUAAUAAGAGCAUCUGCACAACCACCACGGCAUUCCUCCACUUCUUCUUUCUGGCCUCCUUCUGCUGGGUCCUGACCGAGGCCUGGCAGUCGUACAUGGCUGUAACUGGGAAGAUCAGGACACGGCUGAUAAGGAAACGUUUCCUGUGCCUUGGCUGGGGACUGCCGGCGCUGGUGGUGGCCACGUCGGUUGGCUUCACCAGGACGAAGGGAUAUGGCACCGACCACUACUGCUGGCUGUCUCUGGAAGGGGGGCUGCUGUACGCCUUCGUGGGACCCGCGGCUGCCGUUGUCCUGGUCAACAUGGUGAUUGGCAUCUUGGUAUUUAAUAAACUUGUUUCCAGAGACGGAAUCCUAGAUAAGAAGCUCAAACACAGAGCCAGUCAGAUGAGCGAGCCUCACAGCGGUUUGACGCUCAGGUGCGCCAAGUGUGGAGUCGUUUCGACAACAGCCCUGUCGGCCACCACCGCCAGCAACGCCAUGGCCUCGCUGUGGAGCUCCUGCGUGGUGCUGCCCCUGCUAGCUCUGACCUGGAUGUCUGCUGUUCUGGCCAUGACAGACAAGCGCUCCAUCCUGUUUCAGAUUCUCUUUGCUGUGUUUGAUUCUUUGCAAGGCUUUGUUAUAGUCAUGGUACACUGCAUUCUUCGGAGAGAGGUCCAGGAUGCUUUCAGAUGCCGGUUGAGAAACUGCCAGGAUCCAAUCAACGCGGAUUCUUCGAGUUCUUUCCCUAAUGGGCACGCUCAAAUCAUGACAGACUUUGAAAAGGACGUUGACAUCGCUUGUCGGUCAGUUCUCCACAAGGACCUGGGGCCCUGCCGUACCGCCACCAUCACAGGCACGCUGUCCCGGAUCUCUCUCAACGAUGACGAGGAGGACAAAGGCGCUGCGCCCGAGGGGCUGAGCUACUCCACACUGCCGGGCAACGUCCUGUCCAAGGUGGUCCUUCAGCAGCCCGCGCCGCUGCACGUACCCAUGGGCAGGGGCGAGCUGGGUGCCCCAUGCCUGCCCGAGGGCGGCGAGCUGCGCAGGACGGUGUACCUGUGCACGGAUGAGGACCUGCGGGGCGCCGAGCGGGACCUGGGGCACCCGCAGGACCGCGUGCUGGACAGCGACUACAUUGUGAUGCCCAGGGGCUCCGUGAGCGCCCCGCCACCCACCAAGGAUGAGAGCAAGAUGAACUUGGGCAUGGACACCUUGCCGCAUGAGCGGCUGCUGCACUACAAGGUGAGCCCCGACUUCAGCAUGGCCCCCCCGGUCAUGGAGCAGUUUGGCGGGAACCUGGACCAGCUGAAUGCCCCCAUCCUGGACCCACACCUGGCACCCCGGGAACACAUGCAGAGCAUGGCCUUCGAGCCCCGCACAGCAGUGAAGAACUUCAUGGCUGCAGAGCUAGAUGAGGGCGCCGGGCUGUCACGGAGUGAGACAGGGUCCACCAUCUCCAUGAGCUCCCUAGAGAGAAGAAAAUCCCGGUAUUCAGACCUUGACUUUGAGAAGGUCAUGCACACGAGGAAGCGGCACAUGGAGCUGUUUCAGGAGCUCAAUCAGAAAUUCCAGACCCUGGACAGAUUUCGGGAUAUACCAAAUACAAGCAGUAUGGAGGCCCCAGUGCCCAGCAAGAGCCCGUGGGACACAUUCCAGGCCCCCAGCGAGUACCAGCACUACACCACCAUCAAUGUCUUGGACACAGAGACCAAGGACGCCCUGGAGCUGAGGCCGGCUGAGUGGGAGAAGUGUCUGAGCUUGCCUCUGGACGUGCAGGAAGGGGACUUCCAGACUGAGGUGUGACCGGGCAGUUGGGCCGAGGCGGACACGACGGUGCCAUGCUCGGUGACCACCCAGGCCCAGCGUGGGUCCCUGGGAUGUCCCGUGCUAUGUCCGCGGCUGGCCCUGUGCCCGCCUGCACCAUUGGGGGAGAGGCCCCGGUGUACAGUCCGACCCAGUGUUGUGCGUGCGUGGAAUGGAUUCGUAAGGUGAUGGAUCUCUAUAGAUAAACCUCACGCAACGACUCGUGUUGUAACCGCUUCAUGUGGUCUAGUUUUCCAGAAAACUUCACCAUGAAGCACAAUGUAUAUAUUUAUGCAGUUUUUAAAGUUUAUAACAGUCUGUUUGGCCAUUACUACACUUUUUACUUUAUAAUAUAAAAAAGCAAAGUUUUUGUCAUUAAAUGAAUGUUUGUUGAGCUACAUUCUUCAUUGCUUUAAAUGCAAUAAAGUAAUAAUCUCACUUUUAUAUGAAUAAUAUAUUUCACAUCUUUAUUAUCGCAGUUUUCUCUAGAGAGCUCCAAGUGCUUCUCUCUACUGCACUGUGUAUAAAAUAUUUAAAAUGUUGUAUGGUGUAAAUAAACUUUUGUCUACA